AUGCCCAUAUCCAAUCAGACCUCUUCUAUAGGACUCUCACUUAGUGGCUCCAGCCGUCUUAUGGCUGCGGCAGCGGCAGCAGCUUCCGCAGCCUCUUUCACCACAUCUUCCUCUUCCAACUCCCCUUCAUCAUCCAUUUUAUCCUCGUCCACGCCUCCCGCUGUAUCAGGUGCGACAAACGCCGCUCUGCCUACCACUCCAACUUCCGCCAGUUCAUCACUUCCUUUGCCAUCAACCUCAUCUUCGACCACACUGCCAUCGUCUUCUUCUCCUUCCUCUUCUUCUUCUUCGCCCUCUUCCUCCUCGUCCUAUUUCUCCGCCUCCUCCUCUUCUUCCCCAACGUCUGGCCUGGGCAGUAGCAUAUCGAGUGGACGUCUUUUAACGUCGUCAUUUUCGUCUGAUUCAACGUCUUCCGACCCUAGCAUGCCUUCUCCGGUACCCAAUUCAUCUUCUGCCAGCUCCUCCCUCUCCUCGUCACCUCCUCUGCUUGCAACUGGUCUCAUCUCGGCAAUAGAAGGUCGUACCGCUGGAACUGAUGUGUCCUGUGCUGACGAGGAUGCUGGAGGCAAUUUAAUCGAUGCUGGUGACCAUAACACUGUUCUUGCUUCGGUCAUUUCAGCCCUAAAUGACGACACUACCACUGCUCUAGGUCCUCCAUCUGUCUUGCCCUUAUCUCUACCUGAACUUACGUCUACUACGAAAACCGUCACCACCUUAAAAACGGCCACAAAUUCCGCUACAACUGCCAUCCUGGAGUCUGUCGGUGCUGGGCAGGCCCAACAGAAACUCAUCGUCUCCACACAAAACUAUCUCCCUACCACCUCUGUCUCUACGACGACUGAAUUUACCAACACCAGCACCAGCUCUCUGAUUCGUAGGGGAGUUCCAGAUGCAAUGCUGACAUCGACAACAACGACAACUGCUGUUGCAGUCGCAGCAGCUACAGCAGCCGCUGGUCAGCUCAGGCGCAUUGUGACUUCGGGUGGGGGCUCAACAAGGUAG